AUGCGUCAGGCAACAUUUAUAUUUUGUGUGCUCAUCGGUUGGCGUUACUUGGCGGCACAGCCAGCGGGCUAUCCAAGUGCUCGUCCGCCGGCCACUUAUUUGCCAGCGAAGCCAGCGCCACCUAAGAACAGCUAUGUGCCUCCCAAAAAACCCAAUGGGAAGCCACCCGCACCGCCGAAGCCCAGCUAUGGCCCGCCUGCACCACCUAAGGAUGGUUAUGGUCCACCACCGAGUAACUAUUUGCCGCCUAACGGUGGUGGCAAUGGAGCGGAUGCGGGUGGAGCUGGCGGUGGUGGAGAGGAUAUACCCAUUAUUAAGCUAGAGUCCAAAGUAAACACUGACGGGUCUUAUAUGUACGAAUACGAAACUGGAAAUGGCAUUAAGGCAGAAGAGAUGGGCUACUUGAAAAACGCUGGAGUUAAGGGCGAAGAGGCACAAACAGCGGAGGGCUCCUUCUCCUAUACCAGUCCUGAAGGUCAGGCGAUUUCCGUGACCUAUAUUGCGGAUGAAAAUGGCUUUCAGCCUCAAGGCGAUCAUCUGCCCACACCGCCGCCUAUACCAGUGGAAAUACAGGAGGCUUUGGAUAAAUUAGCUGCCGGUGGAGGUUGUCAUGGAUGUGAUGACAAUGAAACUGGGGGCGAUGGCGCUGCCGACUCCAAUGGGGGCUAUGUUUAUCGUAAAUGA